UUGCCAAAUGAUGAGUGUGGCUUCCGUCAGAUAGCAGUAAUGAACGUGUCUAGAGAACGCAAGAACGAGCUGCGGAAUCACAAAGCGACCCUCGACAAAAUAGCCGCCGGCGGAGCUGUCGCCGAGAACUGUCCAAUCAAUUUUGAACUUUCUAGCGAAGAGGAUGGCGGAGGCAAAGUUGUGGAGGAGCUGGAGGGUGCUUGCCCAGGGUUCUGGACCUCUCUUCUUUCCGCUCACGCGGGCGCAGCAAGGGCUCUUGCUGCCGAAAUAACUCACACUAGCCUGCGCACCUUCGCAGCAACCUGCCUGGUCGGUAACCUCUCCAUCGCAGCACGGUUCGAACGAUUCCGUGCGGCGCACAUUGCCUCCGCCCUUGUGCGGGGCGAUGCGUUCAGUGUGUACGCCCAGAUCCUUUCGAACAUAAGGCAGUAUGCAUCGGUCGCAAGCAAGGCCGCCACGGACAGCAGCAAGUCGGCGGCCGGCGAGGAGUGGGCCGGCAGCAGCACCGGCAGCAGCACCGGCAACAGCACCAGCAGCGCCAGCAGCACAGCAGCUGCGGACGCGGCUCCAUCGUUGGAGCUACUUGCCACCACGCUUGAUACGGUGCUGCAAGCCGCGCUGUCGCUGGGCGGCGUCUGCCGAGACCUGCAGGCGGAGGAGCAGUACACGGAGGCCCUGGACGCCAUGGCCCACAGCGCUGUGCUCGAGCACGCGGCCGCAGCGACGCUGUGCCUGGAUGAGGCUCUGACGCUGCAGGCGAUGGCAGCACGGACGGAGUUUAUGGCGUCUGUAUCCAUGAGCGUGAUGCGCAGCGUCCCAGCGGGCGUCGCCGAAGCGGGCAUGGCAGGAUCAGGGGCAGCGGCGGAUUCAUUGCGUGCCCUGGUUCAGGAUGUGGUGCGGGAUGCGAUGCAUGGCGAGAAGCCUGGCCCGUUUAAGGAGUUCAUGCGGCUGUGUCUAUCUAUCAUCCGUGUGCGCCAGCUGUAUCAUACCUUGCUGACCGGCCUGAACCUGCACCUGGGCCGAUGCGACUGGCCCCCUGUGGAGCCAUCCAGCCGGCCUGCGGUGCAGGCGCCGCCCGCUGCCGCCGCUGCCGCUGCUGCGGCGCCUGGCGCUUUGUCGGCAGCGAUGGAGCCUGCGGCGGUGAUGGCACCGGGCUUGCGGCGCAACCAGAAUCAGGCGCAGCGGCAGGAGAAUGAGCAGCGGCAGCAGCAGCGGCAGGAGAAGGAGCAGCGGCAGCAGCAGCUGCUGUGCCAGGUUGUGAGCGGCCCAGCAGUGCAGCUUCUCUCGAUGCUGUCAUUUGAGCUAGGGCGGGCGUGGGAGCAGCAGCUGCUGCAGGCGCAGGAACAGUUGCCGGGCGCACAGCACACCGCAGGAGCGGUGGGGCGGGCGCAAACGGGGUUGCAGGCAGCGCCGGCGGCUGCCGGCGGCGUGCCAGACAGGGCCGCCACCAUAAUCAGCAACUGGUUUAACGAAUGGAUCACAGUCAAUGGCGGCGCGUGGCCUUGGUCGAGGAACGGCGAGCCGGCGGCGUGGGGACCCUCGGUGGUGCCUGCCAUGAGUCGUGCCGGCCAUCCUGCGGUAAAGCAACUGCUGGACGUCAUUCAGGAGGCUUCGCAGGUGCUUGCCUUUUGUGCAGCUGAGGUCCCGCGUUGGUGUGCAGCUGCUGCAGCUGCUGGCGCAGCGGAUGGCGCGGCCGGGCGGCGGCAGCACCAGCACCAGCACCAGCAUCAGCCGCGGCAGCUGGCGCCCGCCCUGCCUUACGCGGCUCAGCCCCAGUACGACGCCCUGCAGCGGUGCCUGCGCACCACGCGGCUGGCGCUGCUGCGCCACGCGGCAACAGAGCCUGUCGAGGAGUUGAGUCGAGAGCGGUGGUGGGAGGCCAUGCAUGGUCUGGUACGGCUGUGGGCGCAGCUGCGGCCGGCGCAGGCGGCGGCGCGGCUGCCGGGGCUUUGGGAGCAGGCGGCGGGCAUGCUGCCGUAUCUUCCAAUGAUGCUUCCUGACAAGGGAGGUCAGUUGCGCGUCCUGAGUGAACUGGCAGCUGUGUUGGCGUCGCCUGUGGCGCCGGCGGCGCAUGCGGCGGCGGGCCCACCAACCGCACCGCAGCCGGUGGCGGCGGCGGCAGCUGCUACAACAGCUGAACAGGCGGCCGGCCAAUCGGGGUCAGCAACAGAAGCGGCGGCAGCGGCGGCCGUCAGCGGCAGUAGCAGCACCACGCUCGACACCAGCGGCUGCAGCUACAGCCUGCGCUGCGCGCUGGACGCGGGGCUGCUGCCGGCGCUGGAGGCGCUGCUGCGGCGGGGGAUGGCGGGGCUGGCGGCGGUCGGCAGCAGCUCCGCAGGUGACUGUUCGAAAUUGUUAUACAGCAGCUGUACGGCAAGCCGCGCAACCCUGGCGCUGCUGUGUCAGUCGGGCGUGUGGCCCGCGGUGCUGGCGCACGCGGCUGUGGAGGAGGUGGUGCCGCUGGUGGCGACACUGGCGCGGGCGGCGGCCGUGGUCGCUGAUGCAGGCACACCUGUGGCAGCACUGGGCGAAGGGUUUGGGUUUCAGAUGCAGGUGCGGCAGACAGUGUCGGUCUGCCUAGGCCUGACGGCAAUGCUAGAGCAGCAGCAGCAGCAGCAGAAGCAGAAGCAGCGUGCGACGGCGGUGGCGGCGUCACUGGGGCCGGCGGCGGCGUCAGCGGGCGCGUCAGCUGCACCAGGGGUGCAGGUGCCUGUGGCAGCGGGCUGGAGCUCGCCCUGCGAACCCCUCGCGCUCAGCCGCUGGUUGCGGCGCAACCUGGGCGGCGGUAAGGAGUGUGACGCCACCCAGGCGGCGGCGCUAGCGUCACCAGCACCGGUGUCGGUGCCGGCGUCAGGCUCUGUGCCGCCGCCGGCCGCCGUCAGUCAGUCGAGUGCCACCGCUGGUGACCCUGGCAUCGAGGGUGCUGCUGCCGCUGCUGCCGCUACGGCUGCGGUGGCAACAGGGCUGGCGCCGCCUCAGCAGCCGCCUCAGCCGCCUCAGCAGCCGCCUCAGCCGCAGCAGCCGCCGCAGCAGCAGCCGCAGCAGCCGCUGCAGCAACAGCUGCUGGCGGACUGGGCGGCGGUGCAGUGGCUGCCGCUGCUGUACCGCCAACCAGUCCUGACGCUGAUGUCAAAUACCCUGUCCGACACGGCCUACCUGGAGCCGCUGCGCUUCGGCCGCUCGGGUGCGCUGCUGUUGAGCCGCCUGUCUCGCAGCCUGGUGGCGCUGAGCCGCCACUACGUCGCGGCCAUAUGGCGAUACCGCUGCCACUGCAUUGAGGUGGACCUGGUCUCGGGCCUGGCUGAGGGGGAGCGGCGACUGAAGGCGUUGAAGGAGGAGGUCAUGCAGCGCGCGCUGCAGCUGGAAGCGGCGCACGAGGUCCGCAUGCAGCGGCUCGUGCGGCUUGAGGAGCUGGCGUGCGGGGUGCGGGCGAGGCUGUCGGCAGCGCAGGAGGAGGGGACAGAGGAGGAGCGCGCGGCGGCGAAGCGGGAGGGGGAGGCGCUCGGCGCGGAGUACCUUGCGCUGGGGCAGCAGUCGCAGCGGUUUUCAAUCGAGUCGGGGGCAGUCGAGCGACAGUUGGCUCAGAUCCAGGAGGCAGAGGCGCAGCUAGACAAGCAGCACCCGAUCAUGCUCGCUGCGUUAAGUUGGCGUGCGCAGGCUUCGGAGUUGCAGAUCGUUGACGUUGAGUCCGCGCUUUGCUGUGCUGCUCACCACUUCGUCGCGGCGGCGCUGCUGCUGGAAGCGACGCCCUUGGACAGCACAGCGGCCGGCGGCUCGGCGACGCCGGUGGCGGCGGCGGGAGGCAGCGCUGGCGCAGGCGCAGUUGCUGGCGGCGGCGGGGGCGGCGAGUCGGUGGGGCGGGAUCCAGCAGGCGCGGCGGCGGCGGUACAAGCGGCGCAUCACGGCUGGGACCCCGAAGCCACGGCGGAUGCCGCGGCGCUUGCCACAGCGGUGAUGGACUUGGCGGAGGUGGUCGCUGUGCACAGUUGGUUUGACAGCUGCAUCCCCAGGCGGGGCGAAGGUCCGCUGCUUGACCCUGUCUUGCUGCUAGACAAAAAACGGAUGAGCGAGACCGAGCUGCUGAAGUGGCUUCAGCGGUUCGGCUUGCGCCAGCGGCCGCGGCUGGAGGCGGUUCUGUGGGCGCCGUACCGCGAGCAGCAGGAGGCGCCAGCGGCCGCGGCGUCAGGGUCAGCGGCGCCAGCGGCCGCGGCGUCGGGGUCGGCGGCGUCGGAAACGAAGGCGCAGCAGCGCAGUGGCCAGCAGUGGGCAGCCACCGCAGCCAAGGAAGAGGCGGCUGCAGCUGCAGCUGCAGCGGCGAAGCGGGAGGCGCGGGAGGCGCGGGAGGCGGCGAUACUGGCGUUGUUGGACGAGCUGGUGGAGCGGUACGGGCUGGCGGACCCGUCAAUGGACCCCAUUCUGGACGACACGGAUCCGGCUUGCGCGCUGGUGCAGGACCCAACUACGCUAGCACAGCGGCUGUUGAGCGCCAGUGGGCCCGGUCGAGCGGACUCAGCAGGUGCAGCGACGCAGGCGGGCGUGGCAGCGUGGGCGUCAGGCUCGACAGCCGGAGCCAGGGACGGUGCCGACGCCAGCAGCGGUGGCAGCGGUGGCAGUGGCAGCACAGACAAGCCGCCGGCGCCAGCUGUGCCCGGGCAUGUGUCGGGCGUGGGGCUGUGCUGCAACCUUGCCUGCCGCAGCCUGGACGGCCCCAGCGCGCUCCUGCCGCCGGGCGCCGGCAAGGUGUGCGCGCGCUGCAAGGCGGUGCGGUAUUGCUGCGGCGUUUGCCAGCUGGAGGACUGGCGGCAGGGCGGGCACGAGAAGAGAUGUAUGGGUGUUAAGAAGCGGCGGGAGGCGGCAGCGGCUGAGUCAGCCAGCUAUGCUGCAACCGGCACAAGCGAUAGGUAGGGGUAGGAAGUGUCAGGAGGGAGGUGCGGUGCAGUGCAAAGUCCGCGGAUAAUGCGUCAGAGUGCUCCACAAGCCCACAAACUCGGCAACGCAUGAUAGGAGGUAGGAGCAGCAUCGUGGAGGGGCGGCACCAGCGGGGGCGGCAGCAUUGCGCAGCACCGGUGGGCGGUUAAGAUUGGGUGGGUCAUGGCAGAAGCAGUGGAAAUGUCGGUAGUCGCUACUGUGUGGGUGUGUUGCGUCCAUGCCGCGGAGUGGAGUGCCGUGUAUACGUAAACACUCAUAAAGGUGGGGUGAAUAGGGCUUUAGUGCAUGGAAUGGGUGUGUGCCAAUACUGACCAUUCAUGUGUCCCGCGAUGGACCUUGCCGUGCAUGCUGGGCUGGGCUGUGCAAAUGCUGUGUGUGUCAACUUGUACUCCAGGCCGGGCGACAUUUGCCAUGCGAGGGAAGAGAUCUUGUCGCCGGAUGGCUGACAGUGGAGGCGCGGAGGUUGAUUGGGGUGUGAGUUGACAGGACCAUGCAUGUCUUCCAUGUGGCAGAGCUGGCACGGGCCGGCAGCGGGCUGGGGCCGGGCGGCCUUGUUUUGGGUAGUGUCUGAGAGCUGUGACGGCGUGACAGCGUGUAGUGAGGGUGUGACGGGAGCAUCAUUGGUGAGGGAGUGCCGCAUACUGCUGUGGGGGUGGCAUGGGCCGUGCAGUCAAUGUUUGGGCCCUCAGCUUCUUCCUGCCGCUGUCAGGUUCAGGAGUGUGGGCAGCUACGGUGCAUGCGCGCUGUACCGGUAAAACUGUUGCAUUGGGCCCGGCCGGCACGGACGUGUGCGCUGUGAAGCAAGCAGGGUUUGACGGGUAUCUGUUGACGGGACUUCAACGCCUGCAUUCACUGCAGGUGUCAUUGAGAUGCGUAGAUGUGAAUGCGAAUGCGAGUGCAGGCGGCGGCGGAGGUUGUUGUCGCGUGCAAGCAGUGAAAGCGGUUCAGCAGAACGCACUGAGAGCAGACAUGUUACCUACGGACGGUAACCUGGUGCCUGCACAUCCCAGCAUAGAAUACUAUUGCAAUAAUACAGUACCGUACUGUGCUGGUUGCAAUAUGGGCACAUGGCACUCUUUGACGAAGCUGUAAUCCGGGCCACCC